AUGAGACCUCAUGGCACUGUAUUGGCUGAAAUAGCACAGGCCACAAAGAAAUUCUCUGAAUUCCAGAUGGUUAUGAAUGUGCUUUGGACAAGAUUGGGCGAGACUGGAAAGGACUGGCGCUAUAUUUACAAGGCAUUGACUGUUAUUGAGUAUUUGAUUUCUCAUGGAUCUGAACGUGCGGUUGAUGACAUAAUAGAGCAUACCUUCCAGAUCUCUUCCCUCACAAGUUUCGAAUAUGUUGAGGCAAGUGGGAAAGAUAUGGGAAUCAAUGUCCGAAAGAAAGCGGAAACUAUAGUGGGCCUUUUGAGUAAUAAAGAAAAGAUACAAGAAGCUAGGAACAAAGCUGCUGAAAACCGUGACAAGUACAUUGGGCUGUUAUCUCGUGGCAUAACUUAUAAGUCCGGUGGAUCCUCAUACGAUAGUGGUGGCCUCCAUGGUGAUGGGGAUAGUUAUGGAGGCCUAAGUAGCAGAAGAGAAAGUGACAGCUAUACUGGCAGUUAUAAAGAAAGCAACCGAUAUGGAGAAGAAAAGUCUAAUACAGAUGCCUAUGUGAAGUCGCAUCGAGGGACUUCAAGUGAGAAACACAGGUACGUUCCUUACUCUUCAGCAAUGGGUCUAUCGGUUGGAAGUUCUAAUCAAGUGGAUCUCUUUGGACGUAGCUUGAUUGAUGACCUCUUUGACGGACCAGCAUCAAUCCUAGAAAAGUCUGCUAUGAAUACUGAUUCAAUGGAUGUUGAUCUAUUUGCUGCCAGUGAUCCAGUUGUGCAACCAGAUACAAAGGGACAGGUUGAUUUAUUUGCUUCCCUGCCUGCGAGUACACCUGCAGCAGCAUCUCCAACUGUCUACUUCUUUUCCAACGCUGAUCCUGUUGUGCAACUAGCCAUGGCAGCAAACAUUGAGCCAGUAAAUGCUGACAUUGUUGAUCCAUUUGCUGCUGUUCCUCUGAAAAUUUUUGAUGGAUCUGAAAUUUUUGGUUCGUUAACGACUCAUAUUGAUUCAGCUUCGAAAGCACUGAAACAAAGCCCCACUAAUGAUGGAAACCUAAAUAACAUUAGCAAAAAGUCAUCACUGGACUCCAAAGCUCCUCAAAAGGAUGGUUUUCAGGUUAAGUCUGGAAUUUGGGCUGAUUCACUGAGCCGUGGAAUAAUUGAUCUCAGUAUAUCUGCUCCCAAUAAGGUUUCACUGGCAGAUGUAGGAACAGUCGGUGGAUUGAGUGAUGUAGAUGAAAGAGAGAGAGGACCUCCCCCUUCAUUCUCAAACCUUGGCAGCAGUCAACAGUAUCAAUUCGGUAGCUAUAAGUAGUUUUGUUCAUCUCCCCUUGGCAUUCUCUAUUUGAAACUUUAUCCAACAUGUCGUGCAUCUUGGUGUGUUAGUUUUUUUUCUUUUUAUCAUUAUUCUCCCCAUGGAGUCUCUCCUAAAUUAAAACGUUUGCACGUGAGACUUAUUCAAACCGAAGUU